AUGGCUGCCUUGUCUGCAAACAGUUCCUCGCCCUCUGCUGCUACCACGCUAAACGCUGUCCCAUUUCCUAGUCCUUUCCCCAAAAUUCUUGCAGACUUCCAAACACAAUUGAACAUUCUUGAAAAUAAGACUUCAUCUUCUAGUCCAACUGGCAACAAUGAAACUGAGCAAGAAGAAGAAGCUUCUGAUGAAGCUGGGCAGAAUUAUCCAGACUACAGUGUAAUUACUAAAGAAAACAAUAUUCCUGAGAUUUCGCUUGAAAAUAGUGCAACAAUUACUGAAGAGGGGACUAAAAGCAUUUACUUUAGCUACCCAAGUCGACGUCACAGCUGCUCUGUCGUAAACAUCCCAGCACCAUGUGUCAACAAAACAAUUUCACACAUUGAAGAUGUGGAGUCUAAAAUACAGAGGUAUUUGAGACUGUUUGGAGCAGGACUUAAAAAAUGGUCUUCACCUUCUGCCCAAGCGUCUGAAGAUUGGAGUAUAAGAAGUAUUAGUUCAAUUGAGGAAAAAAUCAAAACACAAGAGUUAGAUGAAACGUGUCCAGAGAUAAAGCAGCAAUUGGGAGUAUUGCUAUCAGAGGCCAUUCAUCUAAUCAAAAGUCUGGAAACUGAUCGAGCAGAAGCCGAAGAAGCUUUAAGACGACAAAAAUUGAGGAAGAAAAGGAUUAACAUGAAAAUUGAUUUCUGGUCAAUCUGGAGACUUGAAGAACUACCUUUAGCUGUGCAGAAAGAACAUGAAAGCCACUUCAGAGAAAUUAUAGAAUUACAAAAGAAUCUUGCAGCUAAAGUUCAUCAGCUAGAACAGUUAAAGGAACAUAAAAGAAAAUUAGAAGAAGCAAAUGCAAAAGUCCAAGCAGACAUAGACUACAUGAUGGAACAAGACCCUCAGGUUGAGUUGAAACGGGACCAGGAACGUGAAGCUCUGAAAAACUGCUAUGUAAAGAAAUCCGAGAUAAUGGCGUUGUACCAGCAAGUGCAUGAAGAACUUGAAGAAGUCAAAAAAAUGUGCCAAGAAACCAAAAUGAAAGCUGAACAAUUUAAAAUUGAAAUGGUUAAUGAUAUUGAGCAACAUAAAUCAUCUUUGGCUGGAUACAAGAGUGAGAUAGAUAAAUAUGAAGACCUGUAUGUGUACUACUCAACAUCUAUACAUAAUGUUAGUGGUGAUAUUGAGGAGAGUCAACUAACAGUGACUGAAACUUUGGAGGAGACAAAAUCAUCAUUACUUGAAUUAUCCACUUUAUCAAGAAAGUUAGAAGACUUAAAAAAACAUUAUGAUCAACUUACCUGGAAGAUAAAAGGUUUUCAAAAGACUUAUACAGACAUACACAGUGAAUUUUAUACCACAAAAUCUGCAUGGGAUAUUGAUCUUUCUACUAUUAAACAAGACUAUAUCAAGCUUUCAGAACUGUAUAAGAAAAUAGUGGCAGAAAAUGAAAAACUUGAAAUGGAUAUCGAAAUGAUAGUAAAUCAUAUCAAUAACAGGUGUUAA